CGGGAGUUAUGAUUAAUUCCCCGAUCGAAAAAUGGCGGGAAAAAAGUGAGAACCGCUCCCCUGCUAAUCGCUUCUGCUUUUCAACUUUCAAGCGACGAAGAGCGGUGAAACUAUGCAUCUGAUGAAGAGAAUCAAAGCCACUGUCCGACCUUUCGUCUAGGAUGGCCGCUGGUCGAACGGUGAGAGUCUUGAACGUGGCCGAGAAGCCUUCGGUGGCUAAAGCCGUGGCGGGGAUCCUAUCGAGGAACCAAGGUCUCCGAGUUCGAAAUGGUCGGUCACGCUUUAACAGGAUAUUUGAAUUUGACUACUCAAUCCGCGGACAGCACUGCCACAUGCUUUUCACCUCCGUCACCGGACACCUCAUGGAACUGGAAUUCGAAGAGCGUUACCGCAAAUGGCAUUCCUGUGAUCCCGCUGAUCUCUACCACGCCCCCGUUCGAAAGUUCGUUCCUCAGGACAAGUUGGAUAUCAAGAGAACAUUGGAAGAGGAAGCUAGGAAGUGCCAGUGGCUUGUCUUGUGGCUUGACUGUGACAGAGAAGGGGAGAAUAUUGCAUUUGAAGUGGUAGAGAUUUGCUCUGCUGCAAAUAAUCAUCUUAACAUAUGGAGGGCUCGUUUUUCUGCUUUGAUUGAUAGGGAGAUUCAUGAAUCAGUUCAAAAUCUUGUUCGGCCCAAUCAGCUCUUUGCAGAUGCAGUGGAUGCUAGGCAGGAAAUUGAUCUCAGAAUUGGUGCUUCUUUCACUAGGUUUCAGACCAUGUUGUUGAAAGAUGCAUUUGUUAUAGAUUUUGCUACAGAUGAUAGGAACCUUGUUCUAAGUUAUGGCCCAUGUCAGUUUCCAACACUAGGUUUUGUUGUUGAAAGAUAUUGGGAGAUACAAGCACAUGAACCUGAAGAGUUCUGGACAAUAAACUGUUCACACACCUUAGAUGAAGGCAUUGCUACUUUCAAUUGGAUGCGGGGACAUAUUUUUGAUUACACCUAUGCUGUUAUUAUAUAUGAGAUGUGCACUCUGGAACCCACUGCAACUGUCACAAAAGUAAAAAAUCAGGAGAAAUUGAAGUAUCCUCCACAUCCUUUGAAUACCAUUGAGCUUGAAAAACGUGCAUCCAGAUACUUCCGGAUGAGUUCUGAACAUACUAUGAAGGUGGCAGAGGAGCUCUAUCAGUCCGGUUUCAUCAGUUACCCCCGUACAGAGACCGACUGCUUUUCAGCAAGGACAGACUUGCAUGCAAUGGUGCAAGAACAACAAGGACAUCCUUUGUGGGGCUCAUAUGCACAAAGGCUACUGGAUCCUGAAGCAAGGCUUUGGAGAAGUCCUAGCAAUGGUGGUCAUGAUGACAAAGCACAUCCACCCAUUCAUCCAACAAAGUACUCUGCUGGGGAAUCUGGUUGGAGUCAAGACCACCAUAGACUGUAUGAGCUUGUUGUUCGCCAUUUCCUGGCCUGUGUCUCACAACCAGCAAUUGGCGCUGAGACCAUUGUUGAGAUUGAUAUUGCUGGUGAACAGUUUUCUGUAUCAGGACGUGUGAUAUUACAAAAAAAUUACCUUGAUGUUUACCGAUUUGAAUCUUGGGGUGGCUCAAUGAUACCAACAUACAGUGUUGGACAACAGUUUAUCCCAACGGCAUUGACUCUUGAUUCAGGGGUUACAAGGCCGCCUCCUCUUUUAAGUGAAGCUGAUUUGCUAAAUUGUAUGGACAAGGCUGGCAUUGGUACAGAUGCAACUAUGCAUGAUCACAUAAAAAAGCUACUUGAUCGGUGCUAUGCAACUAAAGACUCAAACACUCGUUUCUCACCAACAAAUCUUGGUGAGGCACUAGUAAUGGGAUAUGAUGACAUGGGGUAUGAGCUCUGGAAACCAUACCUUAGAUCUAUGAUGGAAUGUGACAUGAAAGCAGUGAGCAUUGGCACCAAGAGAAAAGCUGAAGUCUUGGAGACUUGCUUGCAGCAGAUGAAAGCUUGUUUCUUAGAUGCAAGGUUGAAUAAAGUGAAACUCUUGGAAGCCAUGGCAAUUUUCUUUGAGAGGUGUAACCGACCUGGUACCAAUGAGCAGCAGGGUGCUGUUGACAUUGUUCGACCAUGUAGUGCCUGCCAAGAAUCCAAUAUGGUGUUAAAGCGAAAACCGGAUGGAAAUUUUAUGGUAGGAUGCUUGGGUUUUCCACAGUGUCGGAAUGUUGUUUGGCUUCCAGGAUCCAUUUCAACAGCAACUGUUACAAAUCAUAUUUGUGAUUCCUGUUCUCCAGGUCCUGUUUUUAAGAUUCAAUUCAAGUUUCGCCGACUAGAAAUACCUUCAGACUACGAUGUUGAUCAUUUAGGUUGCAUUGGUGGAUGUGACGAGACACUUAAGCAAUUGACUGAAAUUUGCGGAACAGGUUCCCGCAAUCCUCCAAGCACUUCAGCAAGAGGGCGGGGAACCACAGCAUCUUCUACAAAUGCCCAAAGAGUUAGCACGAUGCAAGGUGUGUGUGAACACUGCAGGCAAACAGGGCACUCUUCAAAUGAUUGUCCUACUCAGGUUUCACGUCGCCAAAGUGUCCGGCCUCGUGGAAGAAACUCACAGAGAGGAGGAUCCUCAGUCUCAUGCAACUCAUGUGGAACACUAUGCGCCUUGCGAACUGCCAAUACAGCAAAUAACAGGGGAAGGAAGUUCUAUUCUUGCCAAGAGUGCAAUUUCUUUGUAUGGGAGGAUAGUGUCAACGGAAACAACACUCAAGGACAAAGUGUACCACAUGCAAGUUACAGGCGAGCAGCAAAUUCUGGCUCUAAUUCAAGCAGAAGGGGCAGGCGAGGGAGGGGUGGACGCAGUGGGGCCAGCACCACAAACACAAGGUUCGUGUCAGCUACAGGUGAACCAGUAUCUGGUAUGAGCUGUUACAUUUGUGGUGAUCCAUCACACUUUGCAAAUGUUUGUCCUGAUAGAGAUAUAUGACGGAGCUGCCCAAGUGGAACCUCUUCUUCACAGACCAUUAAUUAGCUUGCCCAAAAUCCUGAUUCCAUAUGUAAUAUAAAAAGAAAAAGGAUACUUAGCCAUCUUGUGGCCUAGUCCAUCAAAAUACUAACCAUGUAUAUCACUCAAUUCAUGCAGAAGACAGUUAUUGCUUUUCACUUC